CCUCACCAAGCCCAGCCCAGCGGAAGGAACGGUUUCAGGGUUGUUUGUUUCCCUUUGAUAAAGCAGCCCUGCGUUGCUCUGGCUUUUACUCUCCCUGGGGUUAGACGGAACAGCCCUCCCACCCCUCCCUCAGCAAUUUAGAGUGAUUGGUAAACAUCCCCAAUCCUCGCAGCAACAAAAAUGAUAAAAUUCGUUCUGGACUGCCUCCUGCUUCUGCCCUUACUGCUCGUCUUCAUCUUAGAAUCUCUCCUGAAGUCUUUUAUUCCUAAGAAGAGGAAGUCAGUCACUGGAGAAAUCGUCCUGAUUACGGGAGCUGGGCAUGGAAUCGGGAGACUGACGGCCUAUGAAUUUGCCAAACUUAAAAGCAAACUGGUUCUGUGGGAUAUAAAUAAGCAUGGACUUGAGGAAACAGCUGCUGAAUGCAGGAAACUGGGUGCACAAGCGCAUGCCUUUGUGGUAGACUGCAGCAACCGGGAAGAUAUUUACAGUUCGGCAAAGAAGGUGAAGACAGAAGUUGGAGAUGUUAGCAUCCUGGUAAAUAAUGCUGGUGUGGUCUAUACAUCAGAUUUGUUUGCUACACAAGACCCUCAAAUUGAAAAGACUUUUGAAGUUAAUGUACUUGCACAUUUCUGGACCACCAAGGCAUUUCUUCCAGCGAUGAUGAGGAAUAAUCAUGGCCAUAUUGUCACUGUGGCUUCAGCAGCUGGGCAUACUACAGUUCCCUUUUUAAUGGCUUAUUGCUCCAGCAAGUUUGCUGCUGUGGGAUUGCACAGAUUUAAUCCUUUAAAUACCUGGUAUUCAAUGCCCUUAGCUCAUCUCAAUUUCAGCCUCUGUAGAUUGUGUGAAAACAGGUGUAGAGACAAAGAAAGAGGGAGAGAAUGUAUACAAGUGUUCUUUGCUUCUGAUUUCAGUUUGGGACCCACCCUGGAACCUGAGGAAGUGGUGAGCAAGCUGAUGAAGGGAGUCCUGACUAACCAGAAAAUGAUUUUUGUUCCAUCUUCUAUAAGCGCUAUGACAGUGGUGGAAAGGAUCUUUCCUGAGCGUUUCCUGGCAGUUUUAAAACGGAAGAUCAAUGUUAGGUUUGACGCAGUUAUUGGAUAUAAAAGUAAAGGAGAAUAAGUGCUUGGUUUUAUGGAAGUUGAUUUACCAGGUUUAAGUUGAUUCCAUCCAAUGUUAAUUAGAAUUUUAAUGUUUGAACUGCUGCUUUUAUCUUUUUUUUCCCUUCAAUAUCACCUUUUGAGGCUCUGGCAGUCCUCAUUUAUUAUCACUGUUCUUUAGCUGACGGCUAAUUUCAUAUAAUACAAAGAGAAAAAUACCUGAGCAAUUGCCUUAUGGAAAAUGGAGAAAAAAAGAACAAAAGCAGUUUUACAAUAAUUUCUAAGAUUGCGUGGCUCAUAUGAAGUUUUGCAAAAUUUGUACUAUAAAUGUUUAAGAUACAUUUUAUUUUUAAUUACACUUAAAUUUUAUAUAAUCCACUUGUUUCUUUUCCUUAUUGUACAUAAAAUGGAAAUUUCAAGCUCUUUAAAUAUAAUGAAGGACUAUAUCUAGUAGCAUUUCACAAGGAAUUUUUACGUGAUGUAAGAAAUGUUCAAACAUUUCAUCCUACACAUCACCACUGUUUCCUGAGAGAUACCUCAUAUUUCAAUGACAAACAUUUCAGCACAGGGAAACUGGAGGUGGACACAUGUUGCAAAUAAAGAAAACAUCAUUGGGAUUUCAGGUAGAGAAAUGUAAGGAUGUACCCGUAAGUGACAAAAUAAUAAAUGGAUCAAACUUAAA